AUGUCAACAACUACAACGGCAACACCAAAAACGGAGCUUGAGAAUCCGAAAAAAGAGGAACCAACUGGCGGAAAGCAAUUUAUUAUUGUUGGAAUCAUUGUUGUAGUCUUGAUGGUUAUUGCUGGUGCUUCAAUGUUCACAAUUCUCUUCACACAAUCGAAAAUCGACGAAGGUCCAAAAAAUAGUAUCGAAAAGCAAAAAGCGGGUAAGGAUAAUCUAAAAAAUAACACAUUUUCAAUCAAAUAUUUUUUGCAGACACAAUUGCUGCUAUUGAUGAAGCAAUCAAAGUGGUUGAAGGGUUUCCGAGACUUUUGGAUAAUUCGUCUCCUGAACAAAUUUCGCCCAAAUUGUUCAAAUUGAUUCGUGAAAAACUUGGCCUCGCCAAUUUGGUAUGUUUUUGAAUUAUUCCUCCCGAAGCCUCGAAAUUCAAUUCCAACCUUUACAGACAGAAUCGGAAUUGCUCGAGGAACACCGAAAUAGUGGAUUUCAGGAAGUUUAUAUAGAGAUUAAAGACAAUGCUGCUUGUCCACGACCACCGCCGACUUUGAUACUUGAAAAAGUUCCUUUUAUAAAAUUGUUGAACAAAGCAGCCGAAGGACAAAGAGAAAAAUUGAAAAAGAUCAAUGAUCCGAUCAAUAUCUAUGAAGCCACUUUCGUUGAAUUGCUAAGAAGAGAAUUUGAAAAAUCAGGAGCAUUGUCCAAAAAAAUACUUGUUGGCUAUUCGAAAAGUAUUAUAAAAAUGCUGAAAGAAUUCAAGAAAUUAACUGUGGCUAGAUAUGAUUCAAUCAUUCAGUCAUAUGAAAAACAAAUAGCUGCACGAAAAAUUGCUGAUAUUGGUGUUUUGGUGAUGGCGAUAACUUGUUUGUCAAUUACUUGUAUAUUGCUCGUUACUAUCAUGAUUUUAUUCAUCUUAUAUCAAAAACAGAAAAUAUCAUUCGACAAACUCAAGCGAUAUUCAAAUAUUCUUUUGCUCGUAUCUGUGAUAUUCGCAAUUUCAUUAUUGAUUUAUGCAGUAGUUGGUUCAAUUGGUAUUUCACCAUUUGGUUAUGAUUGCAAAUUGAAACUCGAGGAACAAACAUCAGACAUGAAGUUCACGAAUUUUGAUGGAAAAGUGAUUGAUAUUGGGUUUGUUACAUUUGAUGAAAACAUAAAAUGUGAAUGUUAUUUUCAGAUCAAUUACAAGUGGUUGUAAAAAAGGCGAAUCGGUAUAUUCGAAAAUGGCUCCACAGUUGAAUGCUCAAAACAUCCGAACAAAUUUGGAUAAUUUGGAAAAUGUUGUCACCACGUUUACUGAUAAACUGCAAUUCGACUCCCCAUUCAACAGUUAUGAAAUCAGUGAUUUAAGUAUUCCAGUGGAACAGCAACAUGAUGAACUUUCGAAGUACAAAAAAAAGCCUUGUAUGAAAGAUGUUUUGGUUUAUCUGAAUGAUAUGCUUAACAAGGUGGAAGUUAUCCUGAAAUCAUUGGAAGCGUUGAAACAGUAUUCUAAAGAGAUUUCGGAUAAAAAUUUGAAGGCAGAUUUCAACCAAUUUAUACCAGCAUCAUUUGAAUCGUUGAAAACUGUUACAGAUAACGCAGUGAAUUCCAUCAAUGUAAGUUUAUUAUUUUCAAUUUCAAACGGAAAAUAAAUUGUCUAACAUUUCAGGAUCAAUUUGAUAAAACUGAUAUCAAAUGUUAUCAAGAAGUUCCGGGCGGAUUAUGUAACGAAUAUAGCAUUUAUUUCAACAAUGUUAUGAUUGUCAAUUGGAUUAUGUUUGGUAUCAUUUUUCUGAUUGUUGUAUUGUCGAAAUUGCUUAUUUGGAUUCCAAAAUCAAUUAUUCGAAAAAAGGAAAAAAUGGAGGAGAAAGAAGAAAAGCCAAAGAACGAAAAUCUGCCGAAUAAAGAGGAUCAAAAAAUUGCUCCAGCUGUGGUUGAUGGACCCAAUAAAGAUAUCAAGGAAAAGAAAGAGGAACAGGGAAAAGAGGAAGAAGAAAAAGAGAUAAAUGUAAGAGAAUUUUUUGAAAUUUUUUCCAAAAUUUGUUUGUAAUUUUAACAAUUUUUCUAGGAACUUCUCAACAUAAUUAAGACUCUAAAACUAGAAGUUGCGAAUUUGAAAGAAAGCGUAGAAGGACAGACACCAAUUCAAGAAAGACCUGAUCAAUCGAAACCUGCUGAUCAUGACAAACCAGCCAACUCGAAAAAUGAUAAAUCUUCUAAAUCGAAGAAAGUAAGAUUAUUUUUCAUAGAUCAUUUUGAAAAAGGAGGAAAAAUUAACAGAAAACUUUAACCAAUUUUUCCAGGAACUUCGCAAGACAAUUGCUGAUCUAAAACUAGAAAUUGCGUAUCUCCGAAGUAAAAAAACCGCUAAAAAACCAGCAAACUCGAAAAAUGGACAAAAAUCGAAAUCAAAAUCGAGAAGUGAAAAGACAGCAAAAUCCGAGGUAAGAUUAUUUCUUUAGAUCAUCGAAAAAUGAGAAUAAUUUUACAAAAUUGUUGUUUUUGUGAAUAUCUGUUUCACUUCACUGGAAACCAACAAUAUUAUCGAUUUUUCAGUUUGCGAAACCACCUAUUGUCAUCGUAGGCGGAAAAGAUGUUGAAGGCAAACGUCACCUUUAUCAAUUUGGAAUUCCAGCACAUCUACAGGACACAAUAGAAUAA